CUGUCACCAAGGGCAAGCCCUGUCCUGAACUUCCUUUUUUUCCUGUGCUGUCCAGGCACCUGUGACAAUGGUGGCACCUGGAUGCAGGGCCUCUGUCACUGCCCCCUGGGGUUCUCUGGGGACCACUGUGAGCUCCAGGAGAUCAGGUGCCAGAAUGGGGGUAAAUGGGAUGGCCUCACGUGCCACUGCCCUAGUACCUUCUCUGGCUCCCGUUGCGAGUUUGUGGUGGGACAGGUAGAUCUGGACACUGUGGAUGCCGAAGUGGGCAUGGAGGUGUCUGUUGACCAGGAGUUCUCCCCGGACCUCAAUGACAGCACUUCUGCGGCCUACAAGGAUUUCAGUGACACCUUCCCAGAUCAGAUGCAGAAGAUUUACCAAAAUGUGCAGGGGUUCAAGGAUGUGGAGAUCCUAUCAUUGAGGAGUGGCAGCAUUGUGGUGGACUAUCUGGUCCUGCUGGAGUUCCCCUUUAGCCCCCAGCUGGAGACCGAGUAUGAGAAGAUGAAGUCAAUCCUGAAGGAGGAGCUCCAGAAUGUCAGCCAUAACGGGGACAGCUGCCAGCAUAACCAGACCCUGUGUUUUAAGCCUGACUCCAUCAAGGUGAACAAUAACACCAGGAAGGAGCUGACUCUGGAAGCCAUCUGUCGCCGCGCCACUGCCAAAGGCUAUGAGGAUUUCUACUUCCCCUUGGUGGAGGAGAACCGGCUCCCUGCGUCACCAAAUGCACUUUGGGCGUGGACGGCCCCAUCGACUGUCACCAGGGCCAGUACUUUGUGGAGAGGAGCGGUCCUGCUUGCCGGUGAGACUCAGCGCACACGCGGGAGCCCCGCCCACAGCCCGCCAGGCCUACCAGCUGGCCGCUCACCCCGGCCCCGCCCUUCGACCCACGGUGGAGCCCCGCCCACCUGCCAGCACCCGAGGGGUCCGUGUGCACGAGUGGACCCGGCGGGGAAGGUGGUGAGGUUCUGUGACCUGUGACCCCCCUGCUCCACCUGCUUCUCCACGGACACGCACUGGUUCUCGGGCCCGCGCUGCCAGGUGGCCGUCGCCUGGAGGGCGCUGGUCGGGGGCCUG